CUCUCUCGUUGCAUCACCUGUCAAAUGAAAUUGCCAUCUUCUGAGGAUUCUUCACGUGCAGUGGCGGUCCCCACCCAUCCAGCCACCGACGAGUCCAAAAAAGAAAGCCCAUCAACUCAAAGCGGCAGAGUGGAGCUACGAUCCUCAUCAACCGUUGGGCCUCCGCAAAUCAGCAGUCUGCCAAACACCUGGAUUUUGCGCACCGUGACAUCACCGACUCCGCGCCAGUCACUGGUAAAAGGCAUGCCUUGUGGCGCAGACCAUCCGGCGCCCAUUCAGAACUGUUGCUGCGCCAGGGAUCCGUUGGGGCCGACCUCCACUGAUCUUCAAUUAUUGCGUCGUGUCUGAUUGUGCUGAGCCCUUCUUAUAAUCCGCCCUGAAUCCUGCUGCCUCGGGCGUCCAUAUUUUAGAUCAACCAUUUUCCACCAGCCGUUUCCAUCUCUCCUAUACAUCAACAUCUAACCAUUCACCAUGGGAGUCGGCGGAGUCGUCCUGCGCUUUUUCAGCCUCGCUAUUCGAGUGCUGCAGUUCCUUGCUUCGGCAGUCAUUCUCGGCAUCUUCUCAUACUACCUCGCCGUCUUAUCCCGCCAUGAUUUGAACAUUCCCACCUGGGUUAAGGCCGUCGAGGGUCUAUCCGGUGCCGGUGCUCUAUACGGUAUUCUAGGCACAAUCUUCGUCUGCUGUCUAGGCGGAGUCGCUUUCUUCGCUUUCCUCGCUAUCGUGCUCGACGUCUGUUUCGUGGGUGCCAUGAUCGCGAUUGCCAUUAUGACUCGCGACGGCACCCAGAGUUGCAGUGGAAACGUCAACACCCCUCUGGGUGACGGCAAUGCCGAUAACAACGCCAAAACUGCUGCCGGCACUAGCUUCCACAUGGCUUGCGAGCUACAGAAGGUUGCCUUUGCAGUCUCGAUCAUUGGAAUCUUCUUCUUCCUCAUCUCCAUCCUCUUCCAGGUUCUCCUGGCCCGCCACCACAAGCGCGAGAAGCGCUUCGGCCCUUCCCCCGCCAACAACUACACCUCCGGCACUGACCGUAAGUGGUGGAGCCGCAAGAAGAACUACCCUGAGGCCAGUGGUGGCGUAGACACUCUGCCCAACCACCCCACCCCAGCUGAUAUCGAGAUGGGUGGCGAGAAGCAGCCCCAGAAGAACUGGUUCGGCUCGUGGGGCAAGAACAAGCACGCCGCUGCCACUGGUACCCCUGCCCCGGGUGCCCAGAAUGGCUAUGGCUAUGGUGGCUCUGCCUAUACUGGCAACAUCUAAGCUUUUUUUCUUUGUGGAUGCGGACGCAAGAGUCCUAUCUUGCUUUGAUACAGCAAGUGCUUGAGGGUAUGGAUGAUCGCUGUCGGAAUGGUUUAUGAUAUCCAGUCGUCCCUCUCUGUAUUUCUUUUGGCCGGCUGGUACCACGUCUCAGGUGUCAGCCGAUGAUUGUAUGAACUCGCACGCUCUUUUGAGCCGAUAUACCAUGUUACGCUGUUUGAAAUUGGUGUAUAUUAUGCUGCGGUACACACGGAUUGAGACCCGGCUGAACAAGACUCCAGGGUGCUGUUUAAGAAUGUAAUGAUAAUAUUGAGAAUUAAUGACAAUUUAAAUCGAGCUGAGAGGUGAGCUGUGUGCAUAAAAAUAUUUUGUAUUGUUCCUAGUGCUACAUAGAGAUCACCCUGAAAAUCCAAUGACCAGCCCGAACACCAACCUCGGAAACUAAAACACUAACAAGAACCAGCCAUUACGAUACAGUCAUUAGGAAUAUCAACAGCGUGAGGAC